GGACUAAAAUCUUAGCUCCUGUAAACCUGUUGGAAUAAUAUCAUUUGGUGAUUUGUUGCAGAUCCCUCUAUGUACAUAGUGUGGAAUACAUCUAAAAUGAUCCAGGGACAUGCAUGUAGUGAAAUCAAAUGAAAGCGAUACCAAUCCAUCAUAAUGUGUAUUGCAAAUCCAUUGGAAUUCACAAGUACUGAGGACAUUUCCACCAAGGAAAGAGCUCUGAAAGACAGGAUUUCAUUAGACCUUUAUACAAAGGUUUCAUUGUCCAUGUGCAAACCAGGGGAAUUUCACUUGCAAUUGAAAGUCUCAUACCAAUAACUCUUGUGCAAAUUUAUAUUCAAACAGGCUUUUGAAUGUAGGUAUCUUUAAUGUUUAAUGUUACAGCCUGUGCGUGAUUUAACAUUUAAUGCAUUUUUCUAGAAUAUACAGUAGAUCAACUGUAAAGGUUAGUAAAAUGUUUUAAAAAUGCUACCAACUUGAUAAACUUAGAAGUACCUUUACUGUUUAAUUCUAACAAUCUACUCACCUGAAAUUAUUUUAUCACUGUGCUUUGAAGCCAGAGAAAUGGGUUAUUUUUCUAACAAAUCUGCAUUUUGUUAUUGUAUUUUCAUGGCACAAUGUUCAUAUCUACAAUCUAUUAUGAAAUUACUACAAAAAUAUUUCAAUACAAGCAUAAAAAUGACAAACUUUUCCACAUAGUAUUAAAAAUGCUAUGUGUAUCAAAACAUUGUGGAAAUAUUAGAAAUACUCAUUUGACUUUAUUAUGGUGGGGGGGGGGGUUGUUUUGUUUUAAGUACAAACUGUCACAGGAAAACAAAAUAAAAGCAAUUAUCUUUUAUAGACCAGGCGUAAAGGACCAGUGCUGUAGUAUACAGGGAAUUUAAUUAGAGUGUUUGUUUCAAAUCAAGACAAUGACAUUUAGUACUAAAAUUAUUUUCUUCUAGAUCUUCCCUAUGAUGAAAAGUAAGGUAGUGGCCUUUCCACUCAGGAAGUCUGGGUGGUUCAAGUAACUGUUACUAAUAUUUUAAAGCUUUCUUAUCUAGGUGAUGAAAUUACUGACAGAACUACAGUGGUACAAUUAUACCGCUAUAGCUCUGCUGGUGUAAUGUCCCAUGUAGACACUCUAUUCUGGGAUUAAAGUGACUGUCCCAGUAUCAUUAUUCUGCUUUGGAAGUUCUGCUGGCCAGUUUCCCCAUAGACAAGUCCCAACACUUUGCCUUUAAUCCUCACGGCUGCCCAUUAAGCACCUUUCAUGAACACUAAUGCACUUCUACAUUUUAAGUGAAUAAAUGACCCUGGGAUCUUUAACUCCAUUUGCUUUCUUAUUUAUUGAGCUGUGUCUUGCCUCCCAGGAGAGAAGACCCCUGUCAGAAUCCAAAACUCCUUCCAGGAUAUUUUGGGUCAUCUUGUCUGUAAUCUUGUUUUUCACCAUUGUCGGCAUCAGUGUUGUGGUAAUUCUCAGCUUUGCCCAUAGGACGUCCAAGCCUGUUUUGCAGAUUGUGCGGCUAACGUUUCAGAAUCACCAGGGCUCCCAGAUGAAUCAGUCGGCCUUUGUUGACAAGUCCAAGAGUACUGUUACUUACCACGUAACUUCGCCAAGUAACCACACAACGGUGGUCUUGUUCGACAGCAAGAAUGGCUAUGUCUGCUAUAAACCUGCAGAUCAAAACGCAUGCUACCUGCGGAAGAUGGACGAUUGGGAUUUUGAGAACGUGCAGAUGUCUUUCAAUCUGUCUGAGCACAGGCUCAAUCAGCUGCUGCUUCAGAAUAAUCAAACCAAGUACUACAGAGAGUUCCUGGGGAUCCUGCCAGGGAGACAAGCGAUUGCCGGAGGCGUGGGGGAAGCUAUCCGAACCCUGUGCGAGCAGACUUCCAUCUACUGGGUCAGGAAAGGGGAUGGCCCUGGGAAGAAGCGGCUCAUCUACCUAUGCAUUGACAUCUGUUUUCCAAGCAAUGUUUGCUUGUCUGUCUGCUUUUAUUACCUUCCUGAUUAAACCCUGCUCCCAAGGCCCUGGCACCCGCAUUUCUCUUUGUACUUGAAU